GGCAGCCAGCCAGCGGUGGAAACCAGCGAACUCUCUAUCCACACUUGACUCUUCCCCGCCUUCCUCUGCUCGCUCCUCUCUCCCGCGUCCGUCCAUGGCGGCGUCCUCCUCCGCCUCCGCCUCGCCGCUCCUCCUCCCCACAGGGCCGCGGCGUGCAUCGCCGUCGAGGGCGUGGCUCCGCGGCGGCGGAGGCGCGUCCAGUAGCAGGGCGCUGGGCUCAGACGCGCCGUGCUGCUGCAAGGCCGCCGCCGGCGGAAGCGCGGCGCAAUGCGGGGCAGCUGACGGUUUCGUGAUCAGCAGUGGGAGUAGCACCAGGAGGGGGCUCCUAGGGGUGGCCCUGGGAGCAUCUGCCCUGGGGCUCGCCGCGCUCGACGCCGUCGCCGCCGGGUUGCCGCCGGAGGAGAAGCCCAAGCUCUGCGACGCCGCCUGCGAAAGCGAGCUCGAAAAUGUGCCUAUGGUAACCACGAAAUCCGGCCUGCAGUACAAGGACAUCAAAGUGGGCGAAGGGCCAAGCCCACCCGUUGGUUUCCAGGUUGCUGCUCAUGUUGCUGCAAACUAUGUUGCCAUGGUGCCAAACGGGCAGAUAUUCGACAGUUCACUAGAGAAAGGUCAGCCCUACAUAUUCCGGGUCGGAUCAGGACAGGUGAUACAGGGGCUUGAUGAAGGAAUUUUGUCAAUGAAGGUUGGAGGACUACGUCGGUUGUACAUACCUGGACAAUUAGCGUUUCCAAAGGGUCUUACUUCAGCUCCAGGAAGGCCAAGGGUACCACCCAGCAGCCCCGUCGUAUUCGACGUCAACUUACUAUACAUACCGGGUCUUGAUGAUGAGUGAAAACAUCCUGCUGAGACAAUCACCUUUCUUUUGCAGUGCACUGCAAGAGCAACUUCCUGUACAUUCUUUUUUCCGGCUGCAAUUCCUGUGCAAGUAUUUGUGUUCGGUACACAGCAACAUAGUUGAAUGUAAAUUGGAGAAGGUACAAUAAUGUCAUAUGUGACAAUCCUCUGUGUCAAUUGCCCGAGCAGAGAUGCAGCGGCCCGUACUUUGCCCAGUUUUUCAGUA